AUGUUGCCCUGUAACUUUAAACCCACUGGUGCUGUGGUCAUCCACUGGUACAAACAGCAGAUUCCUGUUCACAGCUACUAUUACAACAAGGACCAGUAUGGACUGCAAAAUAAGCACUUCAAUGGAAGGACAUGCUUGUUCAACUCCCAGAUCACCCAUGGCAAUGCAUCGCUCCUCCUGAAGAGGGUCAAAGUUCAGGACAAGGGCAGGUACAAGUGCUACACCAGUACCAGAAAGGGGAACCAGGAGACCUUUGUCACACUGGGGGUGAAAGGUCAGUGAAAAAUAUCCCUAUUGUCUCCUAGUUUAUUAUUAUUCAUGCAGCAUUUCUCAAUGGACAGCUCACAUAAACCACCUUCUUUCUAUUCAUCAGUGGCGAUUUUAGCCUGUAAAUCUUGGUGGGGCAACAAAAUUAAAAUGUGGAUGCAUGCCAGCAAAGCCACUACACAACACAACACUAAACAAUACAUUAAUUGCACUAUAACGGUGACAAACAGUGUCCACAAACUGUUACGGCUUACAUUAAGCUGUCCCAACAGCAGUCCCAACACCUUACCACUGCUACACCUGGCUAUCAGCGGAGCCUUGUCUGGCAGCGAAACAGUUAAUUCAGCCUAAUUUACUGCCUUUAAAAAAAACAUAGCUGAUAUGGCUGACUUGCUUAAACAAAUGUGGUUUCUACUGACAAUUGAGAUGUACAAACUAUGGCAUAAGGGGACGACAUGCGGAUAAGAGGCAAUCCGUAAUUUCCAUUAAGACAUUAACGAGCGAGCCAGGACGGACAUAGUCAAUAUAACUAUUUGUUCAGCACUUUUGAAAUGUACAGUGACAGAAUUCAGAACAUGGGCCGUGCUUACAGUGUUCUCCCUGUACACCAAGUCAGAACUGUUGAAUAAAUAAAGGGGGCAUAUAAGCAGACAAUGAAAGCUCUUACAAUAUUCGUUAAUUAGGCAAAAUUAAGAGGUAAAAAUAGACCAAAUGAUUAGGGUGAGGCACAUGGGCUACUAACAGCUUACUACACAACAUACACUUAGUAUUACUUUCUUAGCUACAGUAUAUAUAUCUCCCUGGCAUAUUACAUCAUUUACGCAGCAGCAUAUAAGACAUUUUUGGACUUUUUGUGAUGUGCUCACUUGAAUAGGAAGGUGGCGCGGCCGUCCUUCGUGGGCAAAUAUUUUCCCUGCCUGAGCUCGUUUAUUCCCGACUUCCCAGUUGCAAUGCUUGCAGUUAGCCACUGUCACCGAUUCCUUCCAAACCACUCAUUGUUGAAUUUGCGAUUUCCAACUUGUUGUGUAAUGUUUAUGUCUAAUAAUGAGCACCGAUACAUUUUAUCUAUAAUUUCUCUUCAUUAUUUCUCUUCAUAUGACAAGGAUUAAAAAGGAUUUGCCAGUAGAUUGUCGACUUGAUUCAUGAUGGUGACUGCUAGCUAAGAUUUUGAAAGUAAGAUGUUGACAUGAUCAGUCCAAUCAACGUGAUUUGACGUCAUUUUAUCUGUGGCCAAUGACCUUGAGCCUUCUUGGAUGGGCACUUCUAAUGUAACUCUAUGCAUGACCCAAAGGACUUUAAUUUUCAAUGUCUACUCUUACUAAGGACUUAGACUUGUCGGUGACAUAGUGUCCCCAUGAGUGACAGAACACUGAGCCAAUCACAGCGCAACUAGAGAACAUUACCAACCCCUACGCUCCGUAUUUCCGCUGGCUGCCCCACCACCACAGAAAGCACUGAGCUAGGCUGAAACACCUGCAUUUUGGAGAUGCCUUACUCAAGAAAACAAAAAAGAGACCAUGUUUGUAUGCGGCUUUAUUAACUUAAGUAUAUAUAUAUUUUUUUACAUUGUUUGCAAACUGAUAUGUGACACGUAUUAAUGCCAGAAUAACCAUUUUCUUUGGUUGCAAAAAAUGUGGGGCUCAAAACCACUGCUAUUCAUCAGUAUGAUUCCACAUUUCAAAUUCUGUCCAGACAUGUGUAAAGCAUUAAAAAGCUGGCACCCACUGGGCACAGACAUCAGUUCAACGUCUAGUUUUGAUUGAGUUGACAACUAACGUAAUUUCAACGUGAAAUCAACAAAAAAUAUCACCUUGUCAUUAGAUUUAGGUUAAAAGUUGGAUGAAAAAAAUGAAGAAAUGUCCUUACGUUGAUGACUUUUUUCAAUUCCAAUCAAUUAUCCACGUUGAUUCAACGUCAUCACAUUAAAUUUUUUUGGGUUGAAAUGGCAUGGAAACAACGUUGAUUCAACUCGUUUUUGCGCAGUGGGCAGGCUUUGUUAGCCAUGUCUACAUGUCUCAAUAUCGUUAUGUUAACUUUGUCCGUUUAUUUGUUGUGUAAUAUUUGCUCCUCAAACCACUUUAGGAGAGCCAAGAGGAGUGUGAUUAUCUAUAGAGUAUAAUAAAAGCUUAAGCCUAAUAUUGAGUUUCGUGGGACGGUGUUUGUUAGUGCCCUAUAAUGCAUUAGUCUACCCUCAUGGUUGGGACUGCAGGGGGGAAUAAAGCACUCACUUUUUCCACUGUAACACUUGACUGGGCCCUGCCUGCAUUAGUCUACAGGGUACACAAUGUUUCCACAGGGACCGUGCCGUGGUCAUGUGACUGGCUCUUAUGUCAUAUUUCCAUGAAUGCCGAAGUUGUCAUACUAACAAUGCAAGCAUCGCUAGAUAAAACAAAAAACAUUACUGAUAUACAUUGAUUGGCCAUGGAAACUCUAGAGGGCUAGGUAGGGUUCAUACUUUAUUCAACACUAUCGAGAACACUUUUUUUUCUCUUUUGCAGCUCUAAUCCAGUCAGUGAGAAUAGAGAUGACUGGGGAGGUCGUCUCCUGUUCAUCUCAGAACAUCUAUCCUGUCCCUCAGGUGGCAUGGACCACAGACCCACUGUCUUCCCCAGAAACACUACAGAACUCCACCAGCAAAACUCCAGACUCCAAAGGUCUGUACACAGUGGAGAGCACAGUAAGGAUCCUGGGUAAUGUCUCUGACCACGCCUAUUUCUGUUCGGUCAUCUCUGCAGACAAGGCCCAGGUGUGGACAGUCUCUCUGAAGCAGCAAGGUAUGAUUCAACAUCCUGGAAUGCAGUGUUAUGUUUAUAAAACCAAGUCUCACAAAAAUUCACCGUGAACAAGCUGUUCUCUCCUAGAUUUAGCCUGAAAAUGCAUUUUACAAAGAACUGACUAAGCUUGUAUUUGAGAUGCUCCUUGGAACAGAAACUAGGAAUUAUUGAUCAGUCUAUUUAGCGUCUCUAGAGAAAACCUUCAACCUGUCUGGCGAUAUAGUGACAUUUAAAGGCACGUUAAAUAUGUGCCUCAUAAAAGUGUGUUACCAGCUUACAUAUCGUUAAAUGUUGUGCUUUUUAGGGGUCAUUAAGUUGUUGACAAAGGGGAGAGGUAUCCCCGUGUAGCUCAGUUGGUAGAGCAUGGUGUUUGCAACGCCAGGGAUGUGGGUUCGUUUCCCACGGGGGACCAGUAUGAAGAAAAAAAAAGAACAAAUGUAUGCACUCACUAACUGUAAGUCGCUCUGGAUAAGAGCGUCUGCUAAAAUGACGUAAAUAUACAAUGUAUCAUUGACAAAUGAUUUGUGAUGUUUAAUAUUGCAGAAGAUAUGAUUGGAGAGGCGAGUCGAGAGCUGUCCAUCCCUUGCAUGGCUCCACAGAACCUCCAGAACUUCUCCCUCACAUGGACCUUCACCAGAACUAAUGAGCCCACAGUCAUCCUCAGCUACGACAGCAGAACCAGACGGACCUCCAACCUCUGGGAGGGCCGGGUUGGACUGGAGCAGUACCGAGUUUUGAUGGGAGACGGAUCCCUCCUUCUUCACAACCCAGAGAGUCAGGAACACACAGGAACCUACACCUGUACAUUUUCAGGCUUCCAGAACAGACACAUGGUCCAAACCCAGGUCAACAUCACAGCUACUCCAAUAGGUAGGUGCAUACUCAUUAAAUGUAUAGGUUUUCUACACUAUUCAUAUACAUUGCUACAAACACACAAAGACAAGCAGAUAGUUAAUAAAGAAACACAAUGUCUGUUUCACAGUGGAGAAUGAGCAGAACAGUGAGAGGUCAUUGUGGGGAACAGCAGCCUCUGUAGCCUUCUUUGCCUUCACAGUUUAUGUGGUCCUUCCACGGUGUCUAAGACACAGAGGUAAGUGACUACAGACCUCUAAAAAAUGUAGCUGUACACCUGAUUGUAUUUUCACCUAUCUUUCCAGUAGGAAAGCAAACAAUGUAUAAUUGGAAACAUGGGCGACCAUUGCCUAUAAUGAGACCCUCACAUGCAGGUAACCAUAGACUAGAGGGUCAUAACAGUAACACGUUUUAAACUGUUCUCGAGGAGGAUGACUUGCUGUACUAAAAUACUGUGUUCUUGUGUUGUAGAUACAGCAAUAACCAUGAGUGGAUCAACUUUACACCAACAAAAUGGAGCAGGUCUGGAUGAAACAGGAACCACUGAACAUAGACCACAUAGCCAAGGAUUGUACAUAUCUGUACCACAUACACCAGAGGGUAAUAUAACACCACCAUACACUCCUAGACCAGAUGAAUUGGCAAAUGAUUUUCCAGCGACAACAGGACAUUAUUCACCAGGAUCACAGUCACUGAGUGAGGAGCUAGACACAAUCGGACCACAAACACCAGGCGAUGAUGGACCACAACCACACAUACCAGAGAGUGAUGAACUAGGAAAUGGUGCCUCUAUACUUGGAACCUUUGCACAAGACUUUAAUGUAACAAUAUCAUACGCCCAAGAAGGGGAUAUACCGGGACCAUGUACAUCAGGAGAUGAUGAAGAAGUAGGACUUCAUCACCUCCCUCCACACACAUAAGGAGGUCCCGUCAGACCAAACACCAGAGGAGUCGAUUCCUCUGGGCCAGAUGACUCAGAAAGAGGUGCACAUAUCCAGGACUUACUAG